AUGGUAAAUUUGUCACAGCAACUCGCCGCAUGUGCUGACACUUCCGCCGUCAUCGCCGAGCUCGGCGCUCUCGUGACAAGUUUGACAUGCUUUCAAGACCGUGAGAAAGCUAUAAACGACAUAGUGGCGAUCCUGACGACAUCAGAAGAGCGAUGGACUUCCGUAGUAAUGACUCUGCUUUCGGACUUAAGCAAGGAUUCCCUUGAACGUGAGGUGCAGUUAGUGCUUUUGGACGGGCUGCUUAGUUGGAUGACACCGGAUAAAAUGCAUUUAAAUCACAAAGUUAUGCAGAUAUUGCUGCAAUAUUUAAGGAUUGCAACGACAAAUCUGGGUAAUGAUGAAGGUGGAAAGCGUUGGCUAAAAUGGGGGAACAAAGUACUAGCUUUGGUACAUCACAAUGCUUCAUUUAUUGCAAAUCUGGAUCCUUCAAAAGAUGGAAGCAAAACUGAAAAAGAGUCACUUGGCUGGACAGAUUGCAUAGUGAACAUCGUGCUGAUGUUGAUGGAGCUACACAAUAAGUUAGAGGAACGCGACGAUGGGCCUCCUGACUUAAAGGUGGAGACAUUUGUUUGGAAGAACGUGGCGAAAUUAGCAACGGCGUUUGGGCCAAUUUUAACAACCUCGUGUUCAUCUAACGAGGCUGCUAAAGAGAACGACAAAGAGGAACACGGCGCGAAAAGGUUUAAUGUGGACGAAAUAUUGGGCGCUGUUGUGACGUCGGUUGAGCGAAGUGCUGGACAGAUGCUUUGCAAUUUGAAUAGUCAUACUACUACACCGCCAGAUAUUGGCGUGCUGAAAUUUUUUAAACUGUAUUGGCGAGCAUUCUUACGACUUAUUUCUUCGCUGGUUGAGAAUCUGCAGUAUGAAUUAGAAAAUUGCGUGCUAGCACUUGUGAAUGUGACAGCAACUCUGCUCUAUGUUGAGCGUCAUAACUUGGUGCCGUUCAAUGCAAAGCAAGACUUGCGAAGUAUGCUCGAUCAAGCACUAGAAUUGGCCGAAAUGCUAGCUGAUGGCACAGUUUAUGAUAAAUCACCAGACAGUAUAAGCAAAUUGUUAUGGUACCCAGCUGAUGAUAUGGUGCGUGCGGUGGGGCAGCGACAACCGAUCGAAACCUUUAAAAAUAAUAUUGAAAAGACGACUCGGUGGGGACAUCUACUACUGCUGACCGCGUUUGCUGGCUCGAUGACAAAACAAUUAUCGAGCAUUGCACAAAGUGAGAAACCACCGAAUAAUAAUUUAAAAAAAGCCGUAGAAGUCGCGAAAUUGUUCGCCCGCUAUCGAGAAUGUGCGCUAAUUGAUGAAACUUCUAGCUCUGUUGAACCAUUGAAGAUGUUCACAGAUUUGAUACUACAAUAUUUCUUGAGCUUUGAAGAUAUUGUAGAACUUCAGCUUUUACUCUUAAAGCAAACCUUGUAUCCCGACUGGAUGCAACGCACAUUGUGCUGGGAUAUUUGGAGAGAAUUGCUGUGCUUUUGUUGGGACGAAACACUUUCUGCGCACACGCUUCAGAUGCUCCUUAAAUUAACCCAGUGGGAUAUUGACAACGUUGAUACAUCAUUUAUACUUGCGAGUGGAGUUGAAGAGGAAGUGUUGCAAUUGAUCGCUUUCGUGUACAGUGAUUUACCGAAAUCGCUGAAGGACAUGUGCAUGGACCGAGUGACAUCUGUCAUUGACUUAAUCAGUACGGAAGGUCCUGGUCAUCACUUUGAUCUUCGUAUGGCUUCAAAAUUACAGUUGCUGGAAAAGCUUGUUGCCGUCCACUUCUUAGAAGAGUACAAUGGUCAACAAAAGAAUGAGUGGAUCGCUAAAUACCUUCCAGUGUGCUUUGAAUGCUGCGGUACCAUUCUUGAGCUGAUGUCUUCCAAAAAAAGUAGUUACACAACAAGGCGUGAAAGUUUGUUUGGCAUGAUGCGUGUGUUAGAUCUAUGUCUCCUUGUUUUGAGAGCGGUGAUGGACGACAAUGGGCUAGACCAAAAUGAUAUUGAAGAGUUAUCGGUCAUUGUGGCUCGCAUCGCCACUGAAGCACUAUCACAACUAGCAAAACAUAGCCAACUAGCAAUAUCACAUUUAUUAUGCGCACAGAUAGGGAACCAUCGGUCGAGUCGAAAAACAAAGCUGGAGAAAGCUGAAGCUCACAGCUUCGAGCGAGCUUUAGAGUCAUCUUUGUAUCUUCUGUCAAAGCUUGGAUCGAUUAUCAAGGCCAACAGAAAAAAUCAGUGCGUGCAAUUGUUGAAAGAUCUUCUUAUUAUUGUCGAAAACACGCAUAAUUCACCAGAUGCCGUUUCGAGACGCUUUUUAUUCAACAUAGCACAAUUUGUGGAUUCUGUUCUGUUCGACAUGCAAGUUGCCAGUGGUGACAUGCCUGUUGUGUGGCAGCUGCUACUUUCUUUGUUUCAGAGUCUUAUCUGUGUUCAACGCACAGCUGGCUGUCAUAUACCGAAUUCAGCAUUGCUGCAAUCAGUCGCCUUUGCUGCAGUGUACAAGUUACUUACACAUUCAAACAUUGUCGAGCUGGUAGAUGCCUCUCCAAGUGCGUUGUUUCUUGGUGAUAGUCGGCAGUCUUUCAUUGAGUAUGUGGAAAUGAGGAAGCUCAAUUCGGAAGGUAUAAUCAAAUUUAUGAAAAAGGCUAGCCUGAGCUCACUUCAGUCACUCAAGAAUUGCCAAGAUUCAUUAUUCGACUCAUUUAGAGACAGAUUUCCUGACGAGUCUAAUGGGUCGCGUGACGAAAGCAGCAGGAAUAACGUGUUGGCAUCCAAGCGAUCAGUCGACGACCAGCUUGAAGGUUUGCCGGAAAAACGUCGCAAACUCACUCAUUUUGUGGCACUGUGUCAGGAGAUUGAGUCCUCAAUAUCAUCCAUGAAUGAUGAGGCUGCAGUAACUAUCUUGUCCGGCGACGAAAUAGAAAAUGCCACCGUAAUACUUGACAGACUUCUUUCAAAAAUCUCAACACAAGUAUUAUGA